AAUAUCCCAUUUUCCUUUCUUGUUUUUCUCUAGCUAGGGUGUCACAUUCUUGAGAAUGCUACAUUGUAUCUGCCCUAAGCCCCUAGAUGAAUCCCAAGUUGCUAAAGCUUGAAGAGGAUGCCCAUAUUAUGAUGGCAUGACAGUAUAUAUACAAGUGGCUAUUUUUUUCAGGGAAGAAAAGGGAAGGAGAGGGUUUUGUUAUUUUGGUUUCUUGAUUCUAAAAAGAGCGGGCUCAAACUUGAACUAAAAAGACUCUCAAAUCCUUUUUUUUUUUUUUAAAAGAAAGAAAGAGAAAAACCCUCUUCUCUUGUUGUCAAAAUAUCAAAAUCAUCAGCUCUUGAGUCUUAGAAUUUGAAAACAAAAAAGAGAAAAGAAAAUGGAAUUGGAUGACGACGACUGGGGUUUAAGCGCUGAAGAAUUUGAUUCCCUUGAAAGAGACGCUCUCCUGAAGAUAGCAUCUCAACAACAGCAACAGCAACCGCAACCGCAACCUUCUGCUUCUUCUUCUUUUAAUCAACAACAAAGCCAGCAAUUACAUUUUAGCAACAAACCCAUCUUUAAUUCUCCUUCAAAAAAGGUUGAUCCUUUGCCUGAUGGCUUGCCCAAAUCAUCGCCGGUAUCAAAACCAAAGCCUGUUGAAAGUUCCAAGGCAUUACCAAAGCUCUCUGUCAAGUUUAUUCUUCACGCUACUGGAAACAUUGCCGCUAAAUUUUUAUACGACCCUGUACUAGUGGGGGCUCUCCGCAAGGUCCCCAAAGCCAAUUGGAAUGCAAAAGAAAGGUUGUGGAUUUUCCCAGUAUCUUCUUUGUUGUCAGCAGAAAAAGUUCUUAGUGAAAUAUCUGGCUUUAAUGUUGAGGUAGAAAAGUUAGACACCUUGGUGCAACGUGCUAUUGCUGCUGCUUCUGUUGCUCCAGAUCUUCGAGACUGGUAUGACAGGAUACCAGACCAUAUUGAAUCAAAGCUUAUGCCUUUUCAGCGGGAUGGUGUUAGGUUUGUUUUACAACAUGGUGGGCGUGCACUCCUAGCAGAUGAAAUGGGACUGGGAAAGACUUUACAGGCUAUUGCUGUAGCAGCAUGUGUUCGUAAUUCCUGGCCUGUUCUAAUACUUGCACCCUCUUCCUUGCGUUUGCAUUGGGCUUCAACGAUUCACCAAUGGCUUGAUAUUCCUUCAUCAGAUAUACUUGUUGUUUUAUCGCAAUCGAGUGGAUCUAACAGAGCUGGAUUCAAUAUUGUAUCAAGUUCUAGGAGCACUAUUCGCCUUGAUGGCUUAUUUAACAUCAUCUCUUAUGAUGCAGUCCCUAAGUUGCAGAACAAAUUAAUGACAUCAGAGUUUAAGGUUGUGAUUGCAGACGAGUCACACUUCCUGAAAAAUGCUCAAGCGAAGAGGACAACUGCCUCGCUUCCAGUUAUAAAGUUUCAAUUUCAGAAAGCUCAAUAUGCAAUAUUGCUCAGUGGAACCCCUGCUUUAUCCAGACCAAUAGAGCUUUUUAAGCAGUUGGAAGCCUUGUAUCCUGAUGUAUACAAGAAUGUUCAUGAAUAUGGUAACCGGUAUUGCAAGGGGGGAAUAUUCGGAGUUUACCAAGGUGCAAGUAACCAUGAAGAAUUGCACAACUUAAUGAAGGCAACAGUGAUGAUACGCAGGCUUAAAAAGGAUGUCCUUUCUGAGCUUCCUGUGAAACGACGGCAACAGGUAUUCCUUGAUUUGCCUGAAAAGGACAUGAAACAAAUCAAUGCUUUAUUCCGUGAGUUGGAGGUGGUAAAAGGAAAAAUUAAGGCUUGUGCAUCAGAUGAGGAGGUUGAAUCACUGAAAUUCACAGAGAAGAAUCUUAUUAACAAGAUAUAUACUGAUUCUGCUGAAGCCAAGAUAUCUGGAGUUCUAGAUUAUCUGGGAACUGUCAUUGAGGCAGGAUGCAAGUUUCUGAUUUUUGCUCACCAUCAAUCCAUGAUUGAUUCAAUACAUGAGUUUCUUCUUAAAAAGAAAGUGGGUUGCAUCCGAAUUGAUGGCAAAACUGCUGCAGCUUCAAGGCAAGCAUUGGUUACUGAUUUUCAGGAAAAGGAUGCUAUCAAGGCAGCAGUGCUAUCUAUUAGAGCUGGAGGUGUUGGGUUAACUUUAACAGCUGCAAGCACUGUUAUUUUUGCGGAAUUGUCUUGGACACCAGGUGACCUAAUUCAAGCGGAAGACCGUGCUCACAGGAUUGGUCAGGUUUCUUCAGUCAAUAUAUACUACUUGCUAGCAAAUGACACAGUUGAUGACAUCAUUUGGGAUGUUGUUCAAAGCAAAUUGGAAAAUUUGGGACAGAUGCUCGAUGGGCAAGAGAAAACCUUGGAAGUUUCAGCCAGCCAGCAGAGAAGCAGCCCUGCGAAGCAGAGAACACUAGACACUUAUAUGAAGCGAUGUAGCAAUUUGGAUGACUCUGAACAUCAGCCUAAGCUCAAAUACCCCAGGCAUUGAAUGACUUGCAAUGCAGAAUGGAAGUGUAUUUAUACAUGCACAUGCGUUGUUUGCCGUGUGCAAUGGUGUUGCUAUCAUAUUGCUGGUUGUUUCCCCAGUCCUCUCUGCGCCAGUGGGAUUAUUAGUCAAUUGGUGCAUGUCAGCACUCAUACGAGAACGACCCUUGAAUUAAAACAAUCAAAUUGCAGACUGCUACACUGAUAUAGGCUUGUAAAUGGUUGUGUAAUGAUAUUCAUUUGUAUAGCAGCCACUGCUGGAAAUCGCUGUUUUUUU